AUGUUACUUAGAGUUGGGAGCAGAGUGAUCCCUAAAAGAACCAAUUUGGUGAUAUUCCAAGCUGGGAGGUUAUAUUCAAGUAACCCAAAGGGUAAUAUUCAUGAUUCGGAGUUAAAAGAUAUUAUUUCUAGAAUCAAAAUUGCGCCAAAUAAACGGGUAGGUGAAUCUGAUGAUAAGAUGAAGUCUAGAUUAGUGUAUCAAUCUCGUAAGAGAGGUAUUUUGGAGACUGAUCUGUUGUUAUCUGCGUUUGCUGCUAAAUAUUUAAAGACCAUGACAAGAAAACAGUUAGAAGAGUAUGAUAACUUGUUAUAUGAAUUAGAUUGGGAUAUUUAUUAUUGGGCCACCAAGGAUUUUCAACAGAGUCCUAUCCCUGAUAGAUGGAAGGAUUCAGAAAUCAUGAAAUUAUUACAAGCAUUCACAGAAAACAAAGAGAAAAAAAUUAUUAGAAUGCCAGAAUUAGAUAAAUUUUAG